AGGAGGUGAUGCUUGCAGAGGAGAACAAGAAUUCAGGACCUUCUGCUUUGGAUGUGCUAAAAAGAGCCACCACAAUAAAGAGAAGAGGGGUGGAUGAUGUUCGGAGAGCUCCAGAGGAACAGUAUGCUGACAUAUCGUCUGUAGGGAUGCCAUUGAACACAGCCAGCAUACGCAGUGCUAAAAGAGGACCAACGUCCUUUUUCCGUCGGAAAGAACGCAUGCUAAGGAUCUCUGUUCGCCGUAUGGUGAAGACUCACACCUUCUACUGGAUCGUUCUGAGUCUGGUGGCCCUCAACACUUUCUGUGUUGCCAUCGUUCACCACAAGCAGCCUCAGUGGUUGUCUAGUCUCCUUUACUAUGCAGAGUUCCUGUUUCUGGGCCUGUUUCUUACAGAGAUGUUUCUCAAGAUGUAUGGACUUGGACCCAGACUCUAUUUCCACUCCUCCUUCAACUGCUUUGAUUUUGGCAAUGAUAAAAGCAGUGCAAAGAAAUAA